CAGGUCGUGGGCGGAAUAUCUCCCAUGCGUAUUGCGGCGGGCCUGGACGCGAUUACGUAAUCUGCAACUUGUCUGUGAUGUUCUGCAGUGUUUACAUUGGUUUAUUAGUGGCUGUGUGUGGUUGUAGGAGCUAGUGAGUUAAAAGUAGGCAUUUUGGUUAAGUGCUUGUUAAACAAGUUGAAUUCCACAAGCCUGGGUGUUAAUUGUGUGUGCGUCAGUGGUUAGCGCUAUGUACCGGGCCCUUUACGCCUUUCGUUCUGGAGAACCCAACUCUUUACAGUUGACUGCCGGGGAAACCUUUCUUAUUUUGGAGAAGAGUAAUCAGCAUUGGUGGCUAGCAAGCCGCUCUCACAACGGGGAGACUGGCUAUAUUCCAGCUUCGUACGUAGAGAAAAUCCAGUCUCUGGAACAAGAUGAAGUCCUUCAGUCAAUAGACAGGGCAAUUGAAGCAAUUCAUAAUGCUGCAAUGAAGAAUGGAGGGAAGUACAACCUGGAACAGCGAGAUGUUCUACAGAAACUAAUCCAUCACCGGAAGGAGACACUUGCUCGAAAAAGUCACUCUCCAAGUGUUCAUAAAAAAACUAUGAUUCCUUCAUCCAGUGACUACCACCUGGACUCUGGAAGCCAACCAAACGGUGUGUGUCGAAUGGGCUAUGAACGCCACCACAGCUUACCUAACACAGAGAUAAAAGAUGACAGUGAGUCAGAAGUUCUUUACAAGAUCCCACCACAACCUCGAAGAGCAGCACCAGUUAUGCCUCCACCUCCUGAAAAACACAGAACUUCACAGUUAGUAAACCCAACUGUCAAGAAAGACUCCAUGGAAAUACCUUCCAGGUCUACGUCAGUUUCCUCAGUAAGUAAUGCAUCCUUGGAUACACUGUACACUGGAUCUACUGCCUCUGAAUCUACUCUAACUGCAACUUCUAGCUCUGUUGAAACACCUCCUCCACUCCCUAGUAGAAGUCUGCACAGUAUGGUAACACGCACAAAUGACACUGGCUCCACUAGCCAUGUGAUGCAAGACUCUCAGUCACUUAUCGCGUCUAGAGAUUUGGGUUCAACUAAAAGGAUUGCACCAUCCCCACCUAAGGAAACUGAAAACCUUAGCUGUAAUAGUCUUGGUGUUGAAAAAAAGUCAGUUUCUUCACCAGAUAAAUCAUCACUGAAUAGACUUUCUGCUUGUGUGCCAAAGACAAUAGGAGCUGAGCUGGUAGAGCUAGUCCGCCGCAACACAAACCUUAGUUAUGAACUUUCCCGCGUUGCCAUUGGUGUGGUGAUUGGACAUAUUCAAAGCACUGUUCCAUCAACAGCAGACAUCAUGGAGCAAAUUCUUCUCUCUGUAGUUGAAAGCAAGGAUCUCAGUUCAGCAUUACCAUCUGGCCAGAUCUGCCAUGAUGAACAAAGGUUGGAAGUUAUAUUCACUGACCUUGCUAGGCAUAAGGAUGAUGCGCAGCAACGUAGCUGGGCGUUGUAUGAGGAUGAGAAUGUUAUUGCCUGCUAUCUGGAGGAACUGCUACUUAUUCUGACAGAUGCUGAUCCAGAAGUUUGUAAGAAGAUGUGCAAAAAGAAUAACUUUGAACCAGUGCUGUCACUUGUCACAUAUUUUCAGAUGGAGCAUAGAGUUCCACUGCGAUUGCUGCUAUUGAAAUGUUUUGGAGCUAUGUGCAACCUGGAUGCUGCUGUUAUAUCUGUGCUAGUUAACUCUGUCUUACCCAUGGAACUAGCGAGAGAUAUGCAGACUAAUACUCAAGAACAUCAGAAGAUGUGUUAUUCAGCUUUGGUACUGGCAAUGAUAUUUUCUAUGGGGGAGCCACUGCCAUACCAUCAUUACGAACACCUGAACUCACAGUUUGUGCAAUUUCUUUUGGAUGUGAUUGAAGAUGGAUUGCCCACAGAUACAACAGACCAACUUCCUGACCUUUUUGUCAACAUUCUACUCGCUUUUGAUCUUCAUUUGCAGGUUCCUUCAAGUAAUGUUGUCAUGACAACAUUAGCCAAGCGUCCCAAUGUGAAGAUAUUUACUGAGAAACUGCUUCUUCUGUUGAACAGAGCAGAUGACCCAGUGCGAAUCUUCAAGCAUCAACCCCAACCACCACAUUCUGUGCUAAAGUUCUUACAGGAUGUCUUCGCCAGCAAAGAUACAGCCAACAUAUUCUACUACACAGACAUGAUGGUGAUGAUUGAUAUUACUGUGCGACAAAUUGCUGACCUUUCACCAGGAGACAAGCUGAGAAUGGAGUACCUGUCCCUGAUGCAUGCAAUCAUCCGUUCCACAGACUACCUGCAACAUCAGCACCGGCUCACUGACCUACAAGGCAUCCUCCAACGUAUCCUUUCAGAAGAGGAAGAGGAGGAUGGUGAUGCGCAAACUCAUAUUCAGAUGGAUAAACUGAUUGUUCAGGAGAUUUAUAAGGAUUUCCCUGAUCUAUUCAUUGAGAACUAAUUGGCAAAGAAUAUGUCUUACAAAAAACAAAGUAUAUGGGAUUGCCACCAGUGGGAAGUUCACCUAUUAUAUUCUACAUUCACUAGAAUUUAUCCUGGUUCUUAUGCUGUUAUUUACAUAUUGAUGUACUGAUUUUUUUAAUAAAGCAAGGCUAAAGGGUAUUAAACUGCUCACUGCAGUGGUGCUGCUUCUGCUUAAGAAUCAGGUUGCCCAAAAGUAAGUGUUAAGCAGGAAAAAUCGUAGAAGGUAACAAAAAAUGCAAUGAUGUGACAUGUGGCUAGCCUUUAUUACCCUUGACUGUCCUGAUGUUUUUCCUAGGCCAUGGAGGGAUACAUUAGAACAAUACACAAGCUGUGGAACUCCUGUUCCUUAUUUUAGUAGAGAUGUAACAUCAACCUUAUUUCAGAUAAUUUGCAUAAUUAUCCAGAGUCAUGGCUGUUUUCAUUUAUUGGUUUCAAGCAGUUGUCAUUUAUUUUUAAAAAAAUGUAAUGUGCUGGAUUUAAGAAAUGACUUAAGAAUCAACUAGCACGUGCAGCUUGGAAUCUUUAUCAGGAAAGGCAGUUACAUACUCACAUGCUUCAGAAAGAAUGAGUCUGUUUACCAUGGGUGUGAACUCCUUUGUCUAAUAAGUGAAAUUAAGUUAAAAUUGAAUUGUGUAUUGUGAAGACUUGUUAGCAAACUGGUUUUCAUGAUCUUUUAAUACAUUUUUUUUCUGAAUGUGGCAAUCCAGUGUCUAUAUUUUUGAAGGCUGUCUUUGUUUUUCCUCUUGGAAAAACUGCACUGAAUCAGCUGCAGUGUAAUCUAAGUCAAGGACUCUUGCCAUCCUUCCCAUCCUUCCAAAUCCACACUGCAGCUUGAAAAGUAUUGUCUUGAAAAGUGUUACUAGUGAAAGUAUUAUCAGUGAUUGUGUGCUUAAAGCUGAUGAAUUAUGGUGAACUUUGAAACAGAUGUAAACGUGUAACAUGGAGGGAUGCUUUAGCUUUUUUGUAGCAUCUUCGAAAGCCGCACUUUUGCUGACAGUCAUCUGUCUGUUUUUCUACCUCCCUUCCUCUCUGCAAACUUUGACCAUGAUCCUCGAGUCUUUCAUAGAAGAAGCCUCUAAUGCAGUGUUCCCAUUCCAUCCUGUAAACGAGGAUAGAUAAUUGCUUAAAUAAACCAAUAGAUGUCACUAAUGCACUUGUACAGUGACAGAAUGCUGGAAAUUUUCUUUUCCUUAGAAUUGUCUCUAGUUUUCUAUUGUCUUAUGCACAACCUCAUUUUAAUGAACUGAGCUAGUAAACAAAGCAUGAACAGCCUGUUGUGGUCCAAAAUAGUGCUCUUGUAUUGGAUUUUCUUCUACUCCUCCAUUUCAUGUUGUCACUUUUGUUUUGUGUCACCCAGCUUAAGGCUUAUUUUGUAAAUGGAGUAUGAAAAAGACAUUUUUUUGAAAAUGUUGCCUUGUUAUCGAUUUGCACUGUCUGUUUCUGAUACUUAAUGGAUGCCUUUUAGUGAAAGUCCUUCAGUGAGUCAUCUCAAAGAAUGCAAACUAAAAACAAUUUAAACUGAAUAAAUGAGGAACAUUUGUGUAUAUUUUUCUAUAGUGGCACUUAUUUUUGUCUAGAAUGCAGGGUAUUAUAAGUAAAGCUGACAUUUAUUAUUCAUCUGCUGUAUGGGACUAAAAAAAUAAAGUUUCGUUUAAAAUAUUCA